AUGUUCAACCACGAUGAGCCAACAUUUCAGAUCACAACAAGGGUGAGGAGAACGGAGAAUAAUCAAGGUGGUUUAGAAAGCGAUGUAGUUUUUCUUCGCCCAAAUAAUGAAUCUUAUACAUGUAACAUGUGGUUCUUGUAUCAUCGUCCGUGUUCACAUGUUUUUGCUACAUGUUCUGCAAUGAAAAUUGGAUAUGCUUAUUUGAUGGAAUCGUACUUUACAUUGACUGCGUAUGAGAGUACAUAUGGACCAAGUUUCUAUCCGAUUCCAAAUGAGAGACAAUGGCCUGAGUAUCAUGGGCCACGAAUAAUACCCGAUCCAAACCUCAGAAGAUCAAAAAAAGGUCAUCCGAAAUCGACACGAUUGACCAAUAAAAUGGAUAUGAGAGAGGGUGGUUCUCGAUACAAUUGUAGCAUAUGUGGUCAAAGUGGCCAUAAUAAGAAACACCAUCAAUCAGCUGCUUCUGGGAGUUGA